AUGGGCCAUGCACUGUGUGUCUGCUCCCGGGGAACUGUCAUCAUUGACAAUAAACGAUACCUCUUCAUCCAGAAACUGGGGGAGGGUACGUUGUGGAAUGAGAUAGAAAAGCUGAAGGACAAAGGCAACUUCUUGACUGAGGACCAAAUCCUACUGCUGCUGCUGGGUAUCUGCAGAGGCCUUGAGGCCAUUCAUGCCAAGGGGUAUGCCCACAGAGACCUGAAGCCUACCAAUAUCUUGCUUGGAGAUGAGGGGCAGCCCGUCUUAAUGGACUUAGGUUCCAUGAAUCAAGCGCGCAUUCAUGUCGAGGGCUCCCGUCAGGCUCUGGCUCUACAGGACUGGGCGGCCCAGCGAUGCACCAUCUCUUACCGGGCCCCGGAACUCUUCUCUGUGCAAAGCCACUGUGUUAUUGAUGAGCGAACCGACGUCUGGUCCCUAGGCUGUGUGUUGUAUGCCAUCAUGUUUGGGGAAGGCCCGUAUGACAUGGUGCUCCAGAAAGGUGACAGUGUGGCCCUUGCUGUGCAGAACCAGCUCAAUAUCCCAGAAAGCUCCAGGUAUUCACCAGCCUUGCGGCAGCUGCUAACCUCCAUGAUGACUGUGGACCCCCAGCAGCGUCCCCAUGUUCCUGUCCUCCUUGGUCAGGUGGAAGCCCUGCAGCCCCUACCCCCUGACCAAAGCAUCACACAAAUCUGA